AUGUUAAUACAACGCCAGACGGAGCGCGCGCCGUACGACAAUGUGUCCGUUCUCCUUCUGCGGUGGGAAGAGGACACGUCUGUCGAAGCCGACCUCACAGCCAUGGAAAACAUACUUCGAUCAGCCUACAACUUUCGGACCGACAGAUGGGCCAUUCCGACGGUGCCCAACCCCAGCAUCAAGCUUGGUGUGCAGAUGGCUUCCUUCCUCGAGCAGGCCAGAGCCAAUCAUUUGCUGAUCAUCUACUACGCCGGCUACGGUUACGUUGGAUCCGACAACCAACUUUACUGGGCUUGCAAUGCCCGAGAAGAUGCCGCAAAGCUCAAGUGGGACGGCGUACGCUGCUUGUUCGAAGAUGCCCAAUCCGACAUUCUCCUGCUGCUCGACACCUGCUCAGUUCGAGACGUUCCCGUCUCUGGAAGCCACGGCAUCAAGCAAGCCAUCGCGGCGUGCGGUCCUGAGCAGAACCCCCGAGAAACUACAGGCAAAUCCUUCACAUAUCACUUGAUUGAAGCGCUUCACAAGUUGAGCACAGCGGGCAGACCCUUCAGUGUGCCGCGAUUGCACGAAGAGGUCGUCCAGCUGAGGCAACAGGAAAAUGCUCAGGCAUCACCACGCAAUGGCGUCGACGGGGACGCCCAAACGAGGACAUCGCGGGAGGACCAACUCAUCGACCCCGAAUCUGUCACUGACCUUCGGUUCGAUGAGGCAAGAGUCCUUGUGUGUACAACCUUCGUUGGGGAUGCCAGUCCAGACAUGUCCUUCUUUAAUAGCUGGCUCCACAACACACCUCCCCUGGCCGCCAAGAUUGAAGUCGAGGGAAUGUUUCUCGGCCCCCCAACCAUGCUUCUGAUUUCGAUGCCUCAUUCGAUCUGGAAUGUCGUACAGCACGAUAAGGUCUGCUGUUUCCUCGGAUACAUCACAUCACAUAACAUGAUUCAACUGUAUCAGAAGCUGAAGGGCUCCACGGGCAUCCCUAAAGCCACGGCAAAGGAGGUUGAGGACGGGCGGAUUUUGUUAGAGGCGCGGGAACUAGCAGCAAGCACGCCAGCUUUGCAUCGACGGUCAUUAGACAGCAAAGACGCUUCAUAUCUUGAGGCUGCCAGUCGCGUAGAUACAACCGCUGCCGGUGUGUCGUUUGCCGCUGCCGCUGCCGCCGCUGCAGCGGUGGAUGGCAAGGAUGAUGUCGAGGAUUCAGCCGAGAUGCAGGAAGCCGCGGAACAGCUAAAGGCACUAAGCCAUGUGCGCCAUCUGAGCGACGAAGCCCCGCCCGCCGUAGAACGACAGCGUACAACCCUUCCUGAUGGUGCGAUACCCGCCAACCACGAGGACACAGGUUCAAGCCAUGAUGCGAAUGAAUCAGGUGCAGACGACACGAUGCAUUCCAUCGACAUGAGCACACCCAACGCAAGAACCAAACAGCGGCGAUCCCUACAAAAAGCGACUCCUAAGCAAGAGACGAGAUGUACGUUAUGUAGCCAUGCUCCUUUCAAGGACUCGUCGUCGUUGCGCAAGCACAUCGCGGCUGCACACACCAGGCCAUUCCCUUGCGCCUUUUCGUUCGCGGGAUGCACCAGCACAUUUGGGUCGAAGAACGAGUGGAAGCGGCAUAUCGCUUCUCAACAUCUCUGCCUACAGUAUUACCGUUGCUCGUCUUGCCCACAAAGCACUGUGGAAGGCAAGGGGAACGAGUUCAACCGGAAAGAUCUCUUCACUCAGCACCUGCGGCGCAUGCAUGCACCAUUCGCCAUCAAGAAGGCCAUUGCCAAGGGGGACAGCAAGUUGCAAGUGGAGUGGGAGGGCCAUGUCAAGGAGAUGCAAACGACAUGCCUGGUCACGCGUAGGUCACCGCCUCAAAAAUCAGCUUGCCCAAAACCCGAUUGCCAAAGCGUAUUCGAGGGUCCUGGCUCUUGGGACGAGUGGACAGAGCAUGUUGGUAGACACAUGGAGAAAGGUGAGGGUCAGCGACUCGGGGUUGAUCGACUGCUGGCGAAAUGGGCCCUUGACGAAGGUAUCAUCGAACGAAAGGAAGAUGGUGAAUAUCGACUCUGCGCUGGCAACGGCCCUGGGCCUGGCCCUGGCGGCGGCGGCGGCGGCGGCGGCGGCGUUUCAGUCGGCGGAGAUGGAAAAGAUUCAAUAUCGGUGGUGUACCCCGAGUCAAAACAGGAAGUCGAAGCCGAAGUCGAGGCAGACAACACCGAGGACAAAAUGGAAGUGGACAGUUAA